AUGGAAGAAUCUAAAAUAAUAUUCCAAGAAGACAAGUUGUUGAGUGGGCAAGUGAAGUUGAAAGAAGAUGAGUAUCUGCCGAAAGAAUGUUUUAUCACAAACCUUAGAAUAGAGACCAAAGAGAGUACUACGAGAAAAGAUAUUUUAUCAACUUUUUUUGGAGAAGAAAUAUAUCUUCAUCUUUUUGUUAUUAUACAUUUUGAAUGGAGAGGAAUAAGAGAAGUUAAACAAUGUCCAAAACAAAGGAGGCGUAAGAAAGGCGCAGAUGUCGUCGAUAAGAUUCAUCGACGAGAUCUUCCCAAGAUUUGGAAUAUGUCUACCUGCAUUACCACCCACAUCAUAAAAAUAUAA